CCAGAUCAGAUACCACCAAUCCACCUACGCCGCCGACAUGACACGCAAACUCAAGCACCAUGAGCAGAAGCUCCUGCGAAAGGUCGACUUCAACACGUACAAGUCGGACAACGACCACCGCGAAACCCUCGUCAUGCGCCGCUACGCCAUACAGGGCCGCGACGACUACCGCAAGUACAACCAGCUGUGCGGCUCGCUGCGCCAACUCGCACAUAAGCUCUCGAACCUCGACCCCACCGACCCAUUCCGCCGGAAGCAGGAGGACUUGCUGCUGGAGAAGCUGUUCGACAUGGGCAUUUUGGGCACAGGCGGAGGCGGCCGCGGCAAGCUGAGCGACAUCGAGCACAAAGUCACCGUCAGCGCUUUUGCGAGGAGGCGGCUGCCGGUGAUUAUGACGAGGCUGCGGAUGAGCGAGCACUUGACGAGCGCGAUCAAGAUGAUCGAGCAGGGCCACGUGAGGGUGGGCACGACGGUUAUCACAGAUCCUGCGUACCUGGUGACAAGGAAUAUGGAGGACUUUGUCACUUGGGUCGAUUCGUCCAAGAUCAAGCGCAACAUCAUGAAGUACCGCGACAAGCUGGACGACUUCGAGCUCGAGGCUUUGUAGAGCCGUUGGAGAGAUGUGGCAUCACACGGCGUUGGGGAUAUACAGCAUCAGUGGCGUUUGGUCAAAAGUUCAAGAUAUCCAAUGCAAUUCUUUUCCGACG